AUGUCCUUUUCGGCUCCCUCUCCCCUAGUAUCUACUAGCUCGGGCUUCUCUUCAAAAGGCUCACCACAACCAGACCUGGAAUUGGAUCCUUCAGAUCCUUUAAAUCUCUUGCUCCGUAAUUCACAGUCCACCGACAGCUCUAUGGAUGAUCCUUCCGCAGGAGCAAGUCCUCCAGACUGGUCACAGCUGUCCGAGCUGUGGUCUUCCUCACUUGAUGCAGGAAACCUGGCCGGAGAAUAUAUUGCGAAAGCCUUUCCAGAUGUAAUGGAUUACACUAUUCCCUUAAGCUCCGAAUUGGACUUUACUUCUCAAAUGGCCAUUGAUCCACAUGCCCUUCACUUUGACACUCAAAAGCUUGGGCUUGAUAAUUUCCCGUUGUUAAACGACUUGACUCCUAGUCAAAACUAUCCGUUCACAUUUCAAUCGGAAACGUCGACUUCACCACAGGGCAGGAGACUUAGCGUAAUAUCCUCCUCGUCUUCAUCUGGCGCCUCUCUGUCUCCGGUGAUUGAACCUUCUCCUGCUCCGUCGCACCUCAAUGCACCUCAGGAAUUAUCUUCCAGCUCUCUCGAUGCAGCUGCGGAAGAAUUGGCUCAGAGAGUACGGCAGUCCGCGGGGAUUUUGCUCGCGGUUCCUAUGAAUGCUCACUCACAGCAGAACAAUCAAAUAGAUCCCGACUUUUCUAUGUUUACUGGUCAGCAGGCAAUGCUGAACAAUGGCUUCAUCCAGCAACCUGCUUCACCCCAGUCCCUGAGAUCAUUCGCAUCGUCUACUUCUUCCGAGGCUUCCACCCCUCCCCCCACAACCCCUCCACCUACCGAGUCCGUUUAUCCCAACUCUUUCAACGCAUCUGUCUCAAAUGUCAACCCCUACACCAACGCCGGGGGUACCACGGGUGUGAUGCCUCGACCUAAGACCAGUCAUACGACGAUUGAGCGGCGGUAUCGAACCAAUUUAAAUUCCAGAAUAACCAGUCUCAAAAUGGCUGUCCCGGCGCUUCGGGUGCUAGAAGAUAAGGAAGGAUGCGGAGUUGGUGGAGGAGGGAAGAAGGGAAAAGGGAAGAAUGCAACUCUUGGCAAGAACGUUGUCUUCGGGAGCAAGGUGAAGAAAGAAGGUGAAGAUGGCGAGGACGUAAUUGAUGUUAUCGACGAGCGAGGGUUUGUUGAUGGAGUCAAAGUCGCAAGGAAAUGCAGCAAAGCCAAUGUACUUGGUAAGGCUGUAGAGUAUAUUCGCGUCCUAAAAAAGCGUGAAAUCCGCCUGAAACGUGAACAGCAAGGCUUAAAAGCACUUGUGAACGGUCUUGUUGGGGGCCCAGCUUUACUGAGCGAAUGGGAACGGGAAUGGAGGGAGAAAUUUGGCGGAGAGGAAAAAGAUGAGGUUGAAGGAGAAGACAUUGAUGACGGUGGUAGUGAUGAUGAAGGCAGUGGGGAUGAUGAUGACGCAGACGACGAGGGAGUAAGGAAAAGGAAGAAGGCCAAAAUAACUCCAGCGAAGAAAGAGCCCAAGGAGAAGCGACCUCCUCUUCCCUCUCCACAACCUCUUGUGCUCCCUGAUGGAAGCGUUGUCGUACCAGAGAAACGAAAGAGAGGUCGACCUCGCAAAGUCAUGCUACCUGUGGUCGCUGCAGUCUCUGAGCCAUCGGUGCCACUGCACCAACCCGGAGCGCAGAGUUCUGUCGUCCAACCGCAACAACAUCCUCAGCAUGCGCAGUAUCUCUUAGCUGUCUUUGCUCUAUUCUCUUUUUUCAAUAACCCGCUAUCCUUUUCUCCAUCCCAUCCUCCGCCCAAUCAUUCACACACGGGGACUGUCCUUGUUCACGAGCUCCCUCCAUCCAUUAAUGGAUAUUCUGGGUGGUCAUGGCAUGAUGUUAUCCAAUUCUUUCAUCUAUUGGUCUCCAUCCUAGUUUUUUUCUCCAUUUUGGCACCGUGGGCCCCCACUUUAUACAAAUACGUCACGAGAUAUGCAUCAUUGAAGAAGCUUACUUUAUUCAAUUCAUCUCGACCUCGUUCGAUCUCACUUGUUGACGCGCUAUCGCCCGAUAACCGAGGGACUGUACGGGAGGCUGCUGGGCUGCGCCAUGCGCUAGGCAAUCGUCACGGUGUUUUCGCAAGUGUCAAAGCUAUCGUUGGAAAUACAAAGCAAAACAUUGGAUUUGAGCAGGCUGGCUUGGAGCAAAGAGCUUGGGUUAGGUUGGGUGAACUUUCUGUAUUAGGAGGAAAAACAUCAUUGCUUGACCGCGCGCUGACUUGUUUGCACAUGCGAUCUUAUCUGUCGUGGUUUACUGCCAGCGCAGCUGACCUUUCCACAUUGGCAUUGGCACUAUGGCCUUUGGGGCAUUUUGUUCAUCGACAUGCUUGUUCUAUCUGGGACGCUGCCCGUGCUCGGAAAGGUUUUAGCGGCGUGCGCGAAGGAGGCGUUGGUGUUCAAGUCAGACCCCACGAGCGGCUAGUACUCGAGAGCCUCACUUUAGACAAUGCAGUCAUCCGCCUCAAGGAGAUAACUGCUAGUCAACGCCGGGACGCUGAGUGGAACCGAUAUGCACCGAUCGGCGUCCUCGCGUGUGGUCUCGUCAAAGAAAGGAUCAAACACCACCUGGAGUUGACGUUCAUAAAAACUGUUCUUCCAAAUGAAGACUGUUGCGAGCUCGAGGACAUUUCUGCGGUCGCGACUUCUGAUAGUGCGGAGGACAAGGAAGAGAAUGAGCGGAGAAAAACCAUUGAGGCUGCGAUGUCCCUCGGGGGAAAGAUGGCCGAACUUGGCGAUACUCUCCAGAGGAUGUGGACCAUGAGCAUUUGGGAACUCGAGGAUGUCUCCCUACCUGAUGAUGAUGAGGAGCAUGAGUCCGAUAUCGAUGCCGAUAUCCGCGUAUUGCUCAAUACCUUAAUCCUCUACCGUCAAAUAUUUUCCUCUUCCAUCCUGGGAUCGGCUCAAAGCGGUCAUAGCUCAGGGGCGUCAAUCCUCCUGAGUCCUCCUCCCAGUCCAACUCGACUGGAUGUGAAGUUACAUUAUGCUCUUCGUCGUGUCCUAGAUUCUUCUGUCUUUGAUUCUGAGAAUGGCAACGGGAUAGGCGUUGCGAUGGAGGAUGCCAGAGAUCGACUCGUGGAUAUGUUGGUAGACUGUGAACGAGCUGGAAGGUCGAUCUGA